AAUUUCUUUUGUUCAUCACCGUUUCUCUCAUCUUCCCUUAAUGAUCAAGCAAGCUAGUUCUCUCAAGUAGAAUAUUCUGAAUUAACAUCGAAUUCAUAUUUCUUCGGAUUUUUUAGGAUGGUUGGACAAAGUUUAGAUAAACAGAAGCCAAAGCAGAAGAAGGGCUUAUGGUCUCCAGAUGAGGACCUUAAGCUCAGAAACUACGUCCUCAAACAUGGCCAUGGCUGCUGGAGUGCCGUACCCAUUAAUGCCGGUCUGCAGAGGAACGGCAAGAGCUGCCGGUUAAGGUGGCUGAAUUACCUUCGGCCCGGACUGAAACGAGGAGCGUUUAGCCCAGACGAAGAGGAAACAAUCAUGUCCCUCCAUGUCACACUUGGCAACAAGUGGUCACAAAUUGCACAACAAUUGCCUGGAAGAACAGAUAAUGAGGUGAAGAACCAUUGGCAUUCUUAUCUGAAGAAAAGAGUUCUGGCAAAAACAGGACACACUGAGGAAGCUCCGCGAGUAAAAGCAGUCGGAACCUCAUGCCCGUUCCACAACUUGGAAUGUUCAUCCUCUUCAAUGGAGUCAACUCCCCCAAAUUCCAGCUCCAACCUUGAUUCUGCUGAGGAUGGAUCAUUGGGUUCUGACACAGAACAAUAUCUUUGUCAGACUAAUAAUAAUAACAUGGAACUACCCAAACCAAAAGUACUCUUUGCUGAGUGGCUUGAGCUGGAAGAAUUCCGUGAUCAGACCAACUGCCAAAACAAUUCAGGCAACUUUUUGGUUGGAAGCAGGGAUUUGGAGUAUCAGCAUCACAAAUCGGACUUUCAAGAUUAUCUUAUGCACGAUUGGUUGGUCCAAGGUGGCGGAGGACCUAAUUUUAGCAGUGGAGUUUACCAAAAUUCGCAAAUGAAUAAUGGCUCAUCUGUAGCUGAUGACAUGCUUCAUUUGCCUAUUAAGUUUGAGGAUGAUCACACCUACGAGAAUGGUUUUCCGGGUUUCCAAAACGGUCAAUUCAAUAGCGCCACCCAUGGUCUAUUUUAUUCGGGUGGUUUUCGGUGAUGCAAAAGCAAGUUGAAGCCCUUAAUCACCAAAUAUCAUAAAAUACAACAGUAUCCAUGAAAGCUAUGUUGUCAGGAUCCUUUAGCUGAAGUUUUAGAGCGUAGAAUAGGUCUCGAACUUUCAAUACUUGUCAGGAUGAAAGUGAUUAGCAUAUGAAAAGAUUUGUACACGAAUAACUCUGCUCCUUGUAGAAAAUCGAUGAUAUUUCCGGCAUUUCCCUAGUUAUAAAACCUCUUAUUGAUC